UAUACCAUGAUAACAAGCCAGCCGUUGUCAGCAGCUGGUAGCGCUCAUUUUGGGUUCUACUUAAAUAAAGACAGAAAUGAUGAUUUUGAUUUUGCCGUGUAGAGCGCGUUAUUGCGUUUGAUAAGUCGCCGAAUUGUUCGAAUUUUAUAUAUACAGCAAAACAGAAAAGUAAAACUUUUUUGAGUUGUUUUAAAUGUUUGUGAGCCACAUAAUUUAAAUUUUUAAUUAUUUGUAUAGAGCCUCUCUUCAACCGCAACUUGUUUCUGUAGAAAAAGUGAAAACUUUCAAUUAAUUACAACGGAUGAUUUAUGGAUAAUUGUGCAUCUUCUGUGGUUGGUUAGAGUAGGUCAUACAUGCCACAAAAAAUAGAAGAAGUGCAGAAUACAGACCACUAUGGUAGAACUAAAUAAAAAAGUUGAUAAGGACUGCCCUGUUUUCCUGAUUUUAAUAACAUAAUUUUAUUGUGCUGUAAAGGCAAACGGGGGACUUUUCGAAAAAUAUAAAACGUUUUAUCUUGAGAAGUUGUACACCAAAUUUUAUAAAAUUGGUGGCAUUAGAAAGGUGCCAAAAAGUUGCAUCGUUGAAUCGAUUUGUGAGCCACACUUUUCCAAACGUUUGCAGUGUUUGAGUGCUAUGAGUUCGGACUCAAAAAAUAGGGUUCCAGAAUUGCCUCGAAAACACCCAACAUAUGCCUUACACAAAUCUCCCUUAAGCAAUGUAACAUUAGACAACCCUGCUGUAUUGGAGCAGCAACUUAAAGCUUUGUCUCAUCAUAAGCUGCAAUUAGAAAAGAAAGGUGCUUUUCUGCAACCACAAAUAUGUAGUGAGGAGAACACAACAGUUUUUUCGAAUGUAAUGUCUAAUUCGCAAAAAGUAGUAGAUAUCACUUCCAACGUGAUUUACUCAAAUACACUCGUACCGUCAUCAGGGAAUGGUGCUACAACCCCUAUCAAGAAUAAUACAGCUGAACAUUAUACGGAGAAAGUUUUGGGAUCGCCUACAAAACUUACUUCUUAUACUGAGAACAAAAGUCAAAGAUGUUUAACGUACCAAUUAGAUAAUAAAAUAUUUCCAGCAGAGAAUGAUAUCUACUCUAAUUUCAUAUUCCAAUAUACUAAGCAAGAAAAUUCGCCACCAUUAUUAUCAUCCACACUAUGCGUAGACGCAAUUGAAGCCACUUCAACUUAUUGUAAUCACCAGGAUCAAGAAAUUUUACCACCUCCUAGUCCUGUCAGCUCAUCGUACAGUGAGUUAAGGAGAGCCACAAAUGUUUUCAAAAGGCCUUACACCAAAACAAAUGAGGCAGACAUUAAUUAUAUUGCUGAUGGUAUAAGCAGCCAUGGGUACACGGGAGGACAACCUUAUAUAAAUUUGAUAUGUAGAAAUGAACCCAGCAGUUGCUGUCCAACAUUGCAGGGUUCGUCGACCUAUGAAGCUAUAUAUGAGCCAAUAAUUCCUCGACCUGCCGGUGAAUUUUCAUCACAGGCUAACUACUUAAAUUACGUUCCAUAUGUCAACCACUCACAACUGAACAAGAGUGAAAGUGGAGGAAACCUUUCAACUAUUGGAUCGAAUGCCGGCGAAUGUAACACGCCAUCAUAUCCAAGCCUAGAUGAUAAUAUUUCUAAUCUGAGUUUGAAAAGUCCUAUUCAUCGAAAAGAAGUAGUAGUAAAUGCAUUGCCUGACUUUUUGGUACAGUCAUUUGAUUCUGAAAGCGGUGUGGAAAAUUAUGGAACUUGUUUUAAAUGUAAUGAACGUGUGUUGGGAGAAAAUUCCGGUUGCACAGCUAUGGAACAAAUUUAUCACAUCUCGUGUUUCACCUGUUCACAAUGUCAAGUAAAUUUACAGGGUAAACCAUUUUAUGCUUUUGAUGGAAAACCUUUUUGCGAGCAUGAUUACUUGCAAACUUUGGAAAAAUGCUCCGUUUGUAUGAAGCCGAUUUUGGAACGCAUUCUCCGUGCAACCGGUAAACCUUAUCAUCCGCAAUGUUUCACCUGUGUAAUUUGUGGAAAGAGUCUUGAUAGUAUUCCAUUUACUGUAGACGCAACGAAUCAAAAUUACUGCAUUGCAGAUUUUCACAAAAUAUUUGCUCCACGUUGUUGCGUUUGUAUGGAGCCCAUAAUGCCGAAAUCUGGUGAGGAGGAAACAGUACGAGUAGUAGCAUUGGAUCGUAGUUUCCAUUUUGAAUGCUAUAAAUGUGAAGAUUGCGGCUUGUUGCUUUCAUCUGAAGCAGAAGGGCGAGGCUGUUACCCUCUAGAUGGACACGUUCUUUGCAAGAGCUGCAACGCAAAGCGUGUGCAAACGUUAACUAGCCGAAUGGCAAUAGAGUUGUAAUGAAAGUUAUUUCUAAAGGGAGUUUUACAUCGUUGUUUCACACAAUUUACGUUUGCGAUUGUUUAAAAAUAAUCUUACAUUCCGCUCUUCCGCAAUGUAUUCGCGAUAAGCUGUUAUUUUCUUAUUCAAGGAUAGUUAAAUCAGUAUUAAAAACUAUUUUAUAAUUUAUGUCAUAUGUUUUGAUUAAAGGGAGAACUAUUGCUAAUUAACAGCUAAACAAAA